AUGGGUAACGACAAAUAUGACAAUGGUGACUUCAAUAAUAAAUAUUGUAAUGACGAAUAUGAAAAUGGUGACUACGGCAAUAAAGGUAAUGGUUAUAACAACGAAGAUGAUAAUGGUGACUAUCAUGAUAAUAGUAAUGAUGAUAAUGACGAAGUUGAAAAUGGUGAUUCAAAUAGUAACAGUAAUGACGAUAAUGUCAAAUAUGACAAAAGUAGUAACGACAAUAAUGGUAGUGCUGUUAGUAGUGAUAAUAACAACUAUGAAAGUGAUAACGGUGAAAAAACAAACGACGAUGAUGCUCCUACUUGCUUACCAUGUAGAAAUGGUGAUUUUCCAAGUGGUAUACACCGGUGUGUUUACUGUAAUAAAGCAGUUCAUUUGUUUGGUUGCUCAGUAAAAAAUCCAUUAAGUGAAGAAGGAUUUGGCGAAUCGCGGAUUUGUCUAGUAUGUGAUAAUAAAAAUUAA